AUGGUAUCAAAAAAGAACCUCGCAUUUACGUCCCUUACCUUAAAGACUUCGGCCCCAAAAUCUUCCUCUUCACAUGCCUUAAAACUUUCGCCCCCAUGUCUUCCGUCAUCUCCAAAGCUAUCAUUUACAACAGAGAAACACGUCUUUCCUUCCACAGAGCCUGCGUCACCGAAACCUUCGUCAGGCGCGUUUCGCCCAAAUUCACCGGAUAAUCGGUCAUUGCGUUCCGUCAAUCGUGCUAAUGAGCUUUACUCCAAAAAAGAAUACAAAAGUGCAAUAGAGGAAUACACGAAAGCCUUAUCUCUAUGCCAACCAAAUUCGGAUCCCGGAAGAACCUCUGAUUUUUUAGCAUUAAUUUAUUCGAAUCGGAGCGCGAGCUAUCAUCAAUGUCAGAAAUGGGAGGAUGCUGUGAAGGAUGCAGAGCAGGUCAUCAGGAUUAGUCCGGAUUGGCCAAAGGGUUAUUUCCGAAAAGCAGAGGCGUUAGUACAACUUGGAAGAAUUGAAGAAGCAUUAGACAAUUAUUGCAUUGCUAAGCUAAAAGAUCCAAGGAAUCCGCAGGUGCCACUACGAAUAGCAAAAGCAUUGGCUUUGGCAGACAAUAAUUCUAUGGGUUUAACCAUCUACGAGCUGGUGCCCGGAAAAGACAUUUGCAUCCCAAAAGCUAUUAAUCCCAUCCAGAAAAAAGUGUUUGAUUUUGCGGUAAAAAUGAAAAACUUGAUUUAUAUUGUCGUAGACAAUGAGACCAGGAAUUGUAUAGUAAUUGACGCGUGUUGGGACAUCGACGGUAUCUUGAAAUUCAUUAAGAACAAACGACUAGAACUUGUCGGUGCGAUCGUCACUCAUUAUCAUUUUGAUCAUGUUGGAGGAAUUCUGCCACCACCAUACGAUCACAUACCCAUGAAAAUCUCUGGAUUAUUUAACCUUCUGAAACGACGUCCAAAGGUAAAAGCCUACAUUCACCCUAAGGAUAUUCCAUAUGUAUUGAAAGCAAAUCCCGGGAUGGCUGAGAUGAUGCCUAUGGAUAAAUCAAGUCACGUAGGAUCGGAAGACGAAAGCUUUUCUACAGCGUCCGCCGCGAAUUUUUUAAACUCCAUUCGCUCAAAUCGUAAUGCUCAGCCAUCAUCCACUAUAGAACGUUUAUGUUCAGCCGUGAUUUCAUCCAUAACCCCACAAGGUUUACCUACCUGUUUCUCGCAUUCAUCCAUCUCAAAUUCGACGCCGGGUCCGUUAAAUGAUAUUCCAUCGUGCAUACCAGCUCACCAAAACUUGACACCCGAACAAGCAUCACCUUCCAGUACUUCUACCCAUAUUCCUCUCUCCCUGUCUUCCCUAUUCUCCCUUUCCUCAUCGUCAAACGAGCCCAGAAUCGUUCCUACACCUCACGACUUUGUUCUCACACUGGGCUCCCUCACUCUCAUUCGGUUUUUACACACGCCUGGCCAUACAGAGGGUAGUCAAUCCAUUCUAGUAAAUGAAUGUCGCCUGUUCACUGGUGACACCCUAAUGUGCGGUUGUGUUGGCAGAAUGGAUCUACCUGGAGGAGACCCAAAAGAGAUGGGGAAGACAUUGAAGGAACGGCUAGGAAAUCUGGAUGAUGGAAUUGUGGUUUAUCCUGGGCAUGACUAUGGUGGCGAGUGGACUACUAUUGGGAUCGAGAGGAACAAAGGAGUCAUCGGGAGGUUUCAAAGAUGA